AAGAGGACAGCUGAGAGAGGCUGACCCCGCUCACAGCAGACACAGGCACACUGACCACCUCCACUGUCACUGAGGGAAAAGGUCGGUUCCACUGAGAGUUUUGUGAAGCUGCUCCUGGCAAGGACAAUUGCUCGCGGGCACAACAAAGCUGCAGAAAGCAACUCAAAGAAUGAAAAGGCGUGACUCCUGGAGGCUCAGGGGUUUCACGUGCGAUGUUCCUUGGACAGACUCCUGCUUUCCACGGUGGUGAUGGCCUCGCUCUGUAGCCAUCACCAUUCUUGAGGCAGGCAGAGUGAAACCAGACAGCCAGAUAUUAUUUGAAACAGGUGGAGCUCUUCCUGUCAGAUACUCCCAGCUGUCACAAUAACAUCAGAUUUUAUAUAUAUAUAUAUAUAUAUAGCAAAAAAGAAAUUGUGCACACACAACUUUGAUCAAUACUUUGUGAUAAAUUAACUUUUAAAAAAUGUUCAUUUGUAUUUUUAUUAGAAUAUUGCCAUGCAGAACAAAUGAGACAGCUAUUUUCUGAUUCUCUUUAAUGUGUAUCUUCACAUUUAUGCUGUGUUGGAAUUAAGUCAGCUAUGAUUUAUAAAUGACUCAUGUAAGACAAAUUGCAAGUUUCUUGAAAGUGAUUCUUUUCACUGAUGGAAGAUUAAACUCAUUAAAGAUGCAUUGAAGGUCCCUGCUGAGGUCGAAUGAAGACUACUACAGAACUGUUAAAUAAUGUGGCUCACUGCUAAAAGCACAUUUCAUUGCAUUAUAUUAAGAUCCAAAAUGAAGGUUCGGGAUCCCACAGCUAUUCAUAAGUGAUUGAAAACUUAACUCUGCGUGUUCUCUAUAAAUGUUACAUGUGAUAAAGUGGGCCCUUUACAUGUCAUACAUAUUUCAAAAUGAAAUGUAGGUUACUGACAGUGUAACCAGAUUUUAAAGCUGCAGAAGAAGAUACAAGCACAUUUGGUUAGUUAUGCAGUGAAAUACAAAUGUUAAUUUUGGUUCUCUCAAACACAAUUUCACAAUAUACAUCGCAACUGAGAAGUAUUCUCAUAUAUAUAGUUUUUUAUUGUAGUGCAACAUUUUAUAAAAACCUACCCUCAAGCAAGACGGAAAAAUUAUAUUUUCACAUGUGCUUCUCCAGCUACCGAUGGAGAUUAAAGGAUUUAAAGGAUAAUUCCAGUAUCAAUGGCAAUGAGUCACCAAGCUAUCAGAGUAAGAAGUCAUUGAGAGUGCUAUAAAUUAGCAUUAUCAGGGUGUCAUGCUGGCCUAGGGCAGUGGUUCUCAAACCUUUUGUAGCAUGCCCCAUUCAGAAGCUAAAACAAAGAGUUCACACCCUGCAAAAUGUUCACAAAAAUAUACACUUGAACAUACAUCAGCGUGACGAGAACUACUAGAAACCAUCUUUGGGGGAAAAAAUGAGUGUUUGGCUCAUGUCCCAUCUGCUAACAUUGAGGCAACAUGCUUCAUGGCCUAUACUGCAGUCAGCCACCAGGGGGCGAUAGAGAUGUUAGACUUUAUCUUUGGAGUGUCAUCCACCUUCAUAUAUGUCGAUGGGCCCGUCCCACAGCUUGAGAACGACUGGGGUAAGGCUGCAUUCAGACUGGGGCUACUCUACCAUGAACACAAUAUUUCUUUUAAAGGUCCAGUGUGUAACAUUUAGGAGGAUCUAUUGGCAGUAAUAUAAUAUUCACAGGUAUGUUUUCAUUAGUGUAUAAUCACCUCAAUAGUUGUGUUUUUGUUACCUGAGGCUUUUGUAUCUACAGAUGCCAUAGGUCGCCUUCCAUGGAGGCCGCCAUGUUGAAUCGCCAUGUUUCUACAAACUGAACACUGGCUUUAGAUAGUGGUGUUUCGUGUUUCCCGCAUUUGAUGGCCACUGUAGUUUCUCCUUCGCACUUGGAUUGCGAUCCGCAGUUACACCACAACAUUACACCCCUCAUUUCCUGUCAUUUUUCUGCUGUCACUAUCUAAUAAAAGCCUAAAAUGCCUGACAGCUCGCAAGUCUGAAAAGAGUCUUUCAAACCAUCUCUUAAGAUAACACAUAUUGGGGUUUUUGUUUGUACAUAUACUAUAAAAUAACCUCAGUAAAAACCUUGGCUACAUCUGCUCAUUCCUACUAUUCAUUCCUUCUGAACUGAACAUGCUUCUGUCAGUGAAUCUACUCUUAUGACUCUCAGAAAGAUUCAUUACAGGCCUUUGCAUGAAAACGUGUGACCUAACACUGAUCCCAGCUGAUUCCUUCUUUUUAACAGUAACAGACUCUAUGUAAAUGCCUCCUCUGACAGAAUUUUUAUGAACCGCAGCCUGCCAAUAGGAUUCAGGUGGAGCUGUGUCGGGGGAGUGGAAGCUAGAGUUGAUCAACUCCUCAGAGGGAGGUUUCAGCGUGUUCAGGUCUUCUCCCGUCUUAUCUCCUCAAUGGAUCACGAGUAAGAAGUGAGACUGAAGUUAAAUGAGAAUGCAGGACAAGGCCAACAGGGAUUCACAAAAGAAAUCAGUGGGAGAGAUCAGUGAUCAACAGGAGCAGCAGCCUCAAGAUGAGAGGAAAGCAGCUCAGACGAGAACCUUCACCAGGUGGAUGAAUGUGUUUCUGCAGAGACGUGAUCCUCCAGUUGAAGUGCACGACCUGUUCACAGACAUUCAGGACGGCAGAAUACUGAUGGCUUUGCUGGAGGAGCUCUCUGGGUGCAAACUACUUUACAGGUUUAGGUCGUCUCCUCACCGCAUUUUCAGGCUGAACAACAUUUCGAAGGCCCUGGCUUUCCUGGAUGAUAGACAUGUGAAGCUGCUUGGCAUCGAUGCCUCUGGUAUUGCUGAUGGCAUCCCUUCUGUUGUUCUUAACCUUGUCUGGAUCAUCAUCCUGUAUUUCCAGGUAAAGGAGGUGACAGGAGGGCUCCAGAGGCAUUUGUCUUAUAGCCUCUCUUCCUUAUCAAUGAGCACUUACCCCUCCUCCGCUGACCUCUCACCUCAGCCAAAUGACAUUGGCAGCUACUCCUGCAACACCCUGCCAAGCAAAGGCAGAAAGGCUGCCAGAGAGGCAAAGUACCAUGGGAAAGCAAUCAAGACUCUGCUGCAAUGGGUCCAAACAUGUACAUCAAACUUUGGGGUGGAGGUGCAUGACUUUGGGAAGAGCUGGAGGAGUGGGCUGGCAUUCCUAGCUAUGAUUAAGUCCAUAAACCCAGCCUUGGUUGACCUGAGAGAGAGCCUGUCUAGAGUGCCAAGAGAAAACGUCCAGCUGGCUUUCAUGAUAGCCCAUCACAGUUUGGAUAUACCACCUCUGCUGGAGCCUGAAGAUGUUUUGUGCACUUCACCAGAUGAGCGGUCCAUCAUCACAUAUGUGUCUAUGUUCCUGGGGCAUUGUUCAGGCAUAGAAGAGGAUCGUAUAACCGCUAUGGAAAUUCCAGAGAUCCCAAAUUUUGGAUCACUUGAGUCAGUCAGCUUUGGGGAGACCCAUGCUGAUGACCCAGAAGUGCAAGCUUGGCUGAAAGGCUUGGAGAAGAGCAGUGAGCAGCAACUGUGGAAACGGUGGGCUAGAAGACCCUCAGGGACUUCUGAUGUCUCCUCCAGCAGCGGAGACAUCUUUCCAUCCUGUCGUAGCCAAAGCAUCACUGAACAACCUGCAGGCAGUGCCGCCAGCUCACCAUUCAACAAAAGCAAGCAUCGAAGCGUUUUAAAGCCACCCAGUCCACUGGAUGCAGGCAUAGUCAGCCAGGACAUCAGAUCAUGGAUGGAGAAAGCGUCUCUGGAUCAUGGCUACAACAAGACAAGAGUGGAUGAAAGUCAUUUUUCUUUGAGCUCCGAGGAAGGAAUCUACAGUUUGUCAGCACUGGACUCAGAUGAGGAGGAGGCCUACAGCUACAUCCUGGAUCUGAAUAAAGAGGUUUUUCAACCAUAUAAUCAGCUGAAAAGACCAGUACCAAGGGUUGAAGAGGAAACAGCAGAAGAAAUGUUUCUGAAUGGACAGCAGACUGAAGAGUCAAAACAUCCGGAAGUAUGUGUGACGUUAAACGGCAGUGGAUGUAAACAUGAAAAAAGCUCACUUGCACAAAAUGUUGAACCAGAAGUCAGGGCUCGGUCGGUGGUUCAUAUGAAGUUUGAUCCAGACAAGAAUGAAAGUAGCUCCAGAAAGAUGGCAAACAAUGGAGCUAUGUUUGACGUGGAGCCAGAGGAAGAAAGCGGAAGCAGAAAGGGACGUGAAGAGGAGAGAGUUGUCAGAGGACAGAGUAAUGAUGACACCGAUUACUGCGAGGAAGAGAGAAAGAAGGAGAAGACAGAAAAUGCUACAAUGGUGACGCAUGGUUAUGAUAAAACAGAGGCUCUGGUGGACGGAACCAAGAAAACAAAGCUUUUUGAGUCGGGUAUUUGGAAGAAAGAGCUUCAGGAACCGACUAAAAGAAGGCUUUUUGACAAACGUCGACAAGGCAGUGAGAAAAGAACGGCAGACGGAGAAGAAGAGGAAGACAAUUUGACAACGUUUGAGGAAGGGCGGGACAGAAAGUUAGUGAAAGAAAAAGAGGGAGAGGAUAAUGUAAAGGAGGAAGAGAGGGAAAAUCAGCAAAGUGGGAAUGUAGAAAGUUUCAUGGUGGAAGUAAAUGAAAAAAUAUUAAUAGAUGUGGCUGUAAAUGAAGUCAGAGGAGCCGAUGCAACUGGAAUUAACACAAAAGAAGAAAAUGAGAGGAAAGUCAUUGCCGGCCCCAAAAUGGAAGAUUUCACUUGUAAUGAUGAAGGCAAGGAGGUAUUCAGUGGUGAAGUCAUUAAUUUAAUGGAUUUUGAGGCAGUUACAACAGAAGAUGAGAAAGACAGGGAACUUAAUAUUAACAGACGGAAACUGACUGAUAAGAAGGCAACAACAAUAGACCAUCCUGGUAAAAAUACCCCAAAAAAUGGAGGGACCGACCAUAGCGGUGAUAACAGUUGGACUCCUGCCUGCAGUGCAACCUCUCAGUCAGUCAGAGAGGAAGGAUUCAUUCUUCAGUCUUUAGCAGCCUUGUGUGACAUAACCCCAUUAGAGCUGGAAAUGCUCUUGGUCCUGUGGAUUCUGCUCUACUGCUGCUUCAUCCUACCUCAAAUGAACCUCUGAGUCUCCCUGUAGUACACCCUUCUCAUUAAGAAAUGCUUAUUAGCCCAGUUUCCACAAAUGAGGCAAACAGGGACACGUAGGGCUGGGUUGACUCUUUAUCUGUAUCACCAAAUUUCCCUCAAGGCAGCAUUUAAUGAUUAUGUUUUCUUUUUGCUGCCAGCAGAAAUAAUUUGUCAUUUGGGCCAUCGUUGUCAGAUGAACACAUAAUGCUGUUGUUCCCAUUAUUACAAUUUUUUUCAGCUACUUGGUCUUACAAUACACCAAGUAUUAGACAUGGUUUGGGAGUUUUAGUGCGUUUUUGCUGAAUGCAUGUUCAAAAUGUUCUGUUUAUUUGAUUUAGUUUUCUGGCAGAAAUACUCCUUUCACUUCCAGUGGAUGUUACCAACCACAUGGUGGCAUCGCAGCAUUACAGCAGCAACUGUCUCACAUGAAAGACUGUCGUUACAGCAUUCUGUUGACGGCUGAGAAUCCCAUAUGACCUGCUGUUUAAUUAGAAGCUGUAUUGACAUGGUGAGAUUAAGCUGAUAAUAUUUAAUGAGCACUUUGACAUUUCGUAGACUCUCCCUGUGUCACUUGUGGCUUAGAAUGUAUAUUGUUUCAUUGUUUUCAUCUCAAAUACUGUAUGAUAGUUAAAGCCUUUCAACAAUGCAAGCUUUUUUCAUGACAUUUUUGUCACUUUGAGAUAUAAAUAAUAAACCAGAUACUCAUUCUGUGUCA